AUGGGUCUUUUCGCUUCAAAGUUGUUCAGCAACUUGUUUGGUAACAAGGAGAUGCGUAUCCUGAUGGUCGGUCUUGAUGGUGCUGGUAAAACCACUGUUCUUUACAAGCUGAAGUUGGGUGAAGUCAUCACUACCAUUCCAACCAUUGGUUUCAACGUUGAAACUGUGCAAUAUAAGAACAUCUCCUUCACCGUCUGGGAUGUUGGUGGACAAGACAGAAUCAGAUCUCUAUGGAGACACUACUACAGAAACACUGAAGGUGUUAUCUUUGUUGUUGACUCCAACGAUAGAUCUCGUAUUGGUGAGGCUAGAGAAGUUAUGCAAAGAAUGUUGAAUGAGGAUGAAUUGAGAAAUGCAGUAUGGUUAGUUUUCGCUAACAAGCAAGAUUUGCCAGAAGCUAUGUCUGCCGCUGAAAUUACUGAAAAGUUGGGCUUGCACUCCAUCAGGAACCGUCCAUGGUUCAUCCAAGCUACCUGUGCUACUACCGGUGAAGGUUUGUACGAGGGUCUAGAAUGGUUAAGCAACAAUUUGAACAACAAGGAAUAA